GUUUCCCGUUCGGCGUCUUGUCCGGUUUCUUUAGUUACUUUCAUUUUCCCUCUUUCCUACUCAGGUCCUUCGCUUCAUUAUCCCUUGGAGCUAUGAAGGUAGUGAGUUGGAACUGUCAAGGAUUGGGGCCUGCCUUGACAGUACGCAAUUUGCGAGACCUGUGCUUCAAGUAUCAACCUGAUUUGGUCUUUCUCUGUGAAACUAAGCAACAAACACCACUACUUGAGAAGCAUCGAAGGCGACUAGGCUUUGAUCAUGGGGGAUAUUGUCCACCACGGGGGAGAGCUGGCGGUCUAGCACUGUGGUGGAGAAAAGAGCUUCAGGUGCAGGUAUCAGUUAAAAAUAAACAUUUAUUUGAUGGAUCGUGCCUAGAACCCAACUGUCCUAUCCCUUGGCAUUUUUCCUUCAUUUACGGUUGCCAAGUGCAAGGAGAGCGAGCUCGAUUUUGGGUUGAUUGUCAAAGUCUAAGAAGAGAUAAUGGAAUCCCUUGGCUCGUUAUGGGGGAUUUAAAUGCUUUGCUGAGCUACGCCGAUAGAAGGGGGAAGGGUCCAAUCUCGGUAUCCUCCUUCUCUUGCUUGGAGCAAUUUAUGGAGAGUUGUGAGUUGAAGGAAAUUGGAUUUAGGGGCAAUCCUUAUACCUGGACUAAUAGCAGAUCAGGUCCUGCAAAUGUCCAACAUCGUCUUGAUAGGGCCCUGGCGAACUCAGACUGGGUCCGGUGCUACCCUCACGCGCAAAUUCUUCAUGAGCUUAAGAUCGGAUCAGACCAUAGCCCACUGAUUAUGUGCUCUAACGCUUUCCCCAAGCCCCCUCGGAAGUUGUUUUGUUUUGAAUUGAAGUGGACCUUGGAGAAUGGUUAUCAAGAGUGCAUCCAGAAUGGUUGGCAGGUGCAUAUUACGGGUUCAGAGCAGUAUAAGGUAAUGGGUAAAUUGAAGAAUUGUCGUGCUGAUUUGCUCUCUUGGAGCAAGAAGUUAAGGGGCAAUCCCCAAGGGGAAAUUAAAUUUUUGCGUGAGAAGUUAGACUUUAUGCAGAAUCAAGAACCAAAUGAUGCUAAUAUGUUGCACCAAAAAAUGCUAAUUCAGAAAUUGAAUGAUUUGUGGGCAAAGGAAGAGGCUUAUUGGUUCCAAUGGUCACGACUCCAGAAUGAUGCAGGGCAAUUAUUGCAGAGCGAGGAAGAGAUUUCAACAUAUGUUUUUCGAAGCCUGAGCUUUCAAUUCCAAGCUUGCCCUACAAUUGCUGAUAUGGAUAUUGUGUUUUCUUUCCCUCCAGUGAUCACAUCAGAAAUGAAUAACUCUCUUUGCAUAGACAUCACACUAGAGGAGGUUAAAGCUGCUACUUUCCAAUUAGGAGCCUUUAAAGCACCAGGUCCGGAUGGGUUUCCUGGAGUUUUCUACCAAAAACAUUGGGACUUGGUUGGUGGUGAUGUUCAUAAAGCUAUCUCAAGAUUCUGGGGCCAAGCAAUGCCACCGCAAUUGGUUGUUCAGAAGGCCAUGUUUCUAGCAGACGAGUUUUGUAGAGUUAAUGGUAAAGACCCCCUUAUUCCACCAGUGCUACAACUUCGGGAUGGAUUAGAGAAUAAAUUACAAAGGUGGAGUCCACCACCCAAAGAUGUUGUUAAAUGUAAUACUGAUGCAGCUGUGGAUGUUAAAAAUGGUAUUGCAAGUCUAGCUGUGGUCUGUCGCAACAGUAGGGUAGGCUGGGCAGCUAGGAAUGGCCUCAAAGACAUCAUUUUUGAAUCUGACAGCAAAGAGCUCGUGCAAGCUAUUAACAAAAAGGUUCAUUUGCCUUGGCAAAUAGAGCCAUUGGUGCUAUCCGUGUGGGAGCUGUGCAAAUCUUUCUCCUUUUGUGAAUUUAACUAUGUAUGUAGGAAGGCUAACUCUGCAGCUGAUUGGGUGGCCAAAAAGUGUCUUAAGAAUUUGUGCCCUCUCUACUGGACCACUAAUCCACCUACAAUGCUACGUAAUCUUUUGCGUACUGAUGUAAAUUAUUAAUUAAAUAAUACAAAUUCUCAUGCAUG